UCUCCGCCCGACGGAGCCCAGAGAGAUGCUGCUGCUGCUGCUGUUGCUCCCUUAGAAGGACACCAUGAGAAAUCACAGACAGAAUCGCGACGAGUUACUCAAUAUUACAGCUUUGUACGGGGGAUGACAUUACAAUAAUAUUAGGAUGGAUUACUGACACACUUACGCCACUGACCGAUGUUUAACAACGCAAAAGAGAUGAGUAUAAUUACUUUAUCUUUGCUCCUCUGUGCUGACCUACUGGAUUUCGUUAUAGGUUAUUUAACAGUCACCAUUGAGCCUCUCCCUCCUGUGGUUAUGGGGGACACAGUGACUUUGAAGUGCAAUUUCAGGACGGAUGGGAACUUACGAGAGAUUGUGUGGUUUCGGGUGACGGAAGGUGGAACAUCAAAACAGAAAAUCUUCACCUACGACGCCAUGUACAACACCAAUUUUUCUCACAUGGAGGACUUUCGCAGACAAGAGGACCUUGUUUACCAGUCAACUGUCAGGCUCCCUGAGGUUCAGAUGGAAGAUGAUGGACCAUAUGAAUGCCAUGUGGGAAUCUAUGACAGGGCGUCUAGAGAGAAGGUGGUCUUGGCAUCUGGGAGCAUCACACUUAAUGUCAUGUCUCCACCAAAAUCAAUAUCUGUUGAAGCAGCAAAUCAGCCAGCUCGAUUCAGUCGCUACGAGGCUCAAAAUUUCACGCUUGUUUGCAUUGUAACUGGAGGAAAACCUGCCCCCGUGGUGUACUUCAAGAGGGAUGGGGAACUUAUUGAAGUCCAUCCUUUUGUGUCUGCUGAGAAAGUGGAAAACAGAGGCUUGCUCGCCGCAUUGGAUAACCAGCCGCUUAUCAGUCGAGAACUGGAUGAUACAAAAGUGCAGAAGUCUCUCUCUUUCCUGGGCCCUUACAGUGAGCCGGUGCGUCUGGAUAAGGACCGGCCCCAGCGCAGCUACACGUCUGGGGCCCCCGGGCAGGAGGAAGCCAGUCCCACCACAGAAGUCAUCCCAGAGACUGUGAUCAGCCGAGAGUUUCCCCGCUGGGUGCUGAGCUCAAGCCCCAUGUAUUAUUUCAAUCAUACGCAGUCUGAGCUUCAUGACGGGACCUUGGAGGUCCAAGCUAUGCUGACCUGGCACUUGAACCCACAGCUGGACAAUGAGGCUCUGUUCACCUGUGAAGUCAAGCACCCCGCUCUUUCCAUGCCCAUGAAGGCAGAGGUUACGCUCUCUGCUCCAAAAGGCCCGAAACACUCUCUGGCACCAAGCAGAGCGAAAGUGGGAGACACGGUUCGCAUCAAAGUGGAAGGAUUCCAAAUGGGGCCCAAAGCGAAUAAAGUGUUUCCAGAGCCUCUGUUCACAUGGACACGUGUGGGAGGACCUCUGCUGGAUGGAAGCGAAGAGAGAUUUGGGAAAGUACUGGUUCUGGAAAGAGUCCCAGCCGAGCUCAACGGAUCCAUGUAUCGCUGCACGGUCCAAAACCCGUUGGGAUCUACCAACACUCACACCCGCCUGAUAGUAUUCGAAAAUCCCAGGAUCAAGAAGGAGACUACAAACCUGAAAUUUGGCGAUUCUGCUGGAGACGUGCUCGGGCCCUCACUGAUGCUGCUGCUGUUGUCAUUGACUCUGGAGCUAACAUGAACGCUAUGGGAUGCGCUUCCCACUAGUACCCUCUCUGAUACUCUGUCAGCUCCUCUGCCGUCUCUCUCGCUGUCCAGCAGCUACGCUAUAAUCCAGGACUGAGAUUGCUGCAGAGAAAUGUGUGCUCGGAAUGAGAACGAUAAGCUCAACCCUCCCUGACCACUCCAGCCAUGUGACAACGGUUCAGCUCAGUUUGUUCCGCACCUGUUUUGUCACAAUACUGUGACAUAUUCAUGCUUUGACUUCAUUUUCUACAUUGUAUUUGUGCACAGCUGUGUUGCAGGAAAGGAUUAGAGUCAAGUGGAAUGGGACGGCCCACAUAGCCUACAGAUAAUCCUGGACAUACAUUACAGCUUUCAUCAUUCUAAACAGCUUAUUGUAAUGUCAUUUCAUUAAUGUUGUUCUUUAUAUCCGAGCUGUUGAGUGCAAAAUCACUUUCUAGAUUUCAUGGCCGAGGCUAUUGAAUGUUGUGAAUGAGAUUCACCUACUGCAUUUGACCUCUAGAUGACGGUAUAGAUCUUCAGACCGAAUACCCUUUUUUGAUGCCUAAAAUGUCCAUAGACCCUCUCGGAUGGUGUGCGCUGAGAAGUUCCUCAAGCAGUUAUGUAAUGCAUCAUAGCGCAACGUCAUUAUCUCUGCAGUGAACAAGGUGUUGCUACACGUGAUACAGAAUAAUUAAAGGCAACCUUUGAAAUUAA